AUCCGCAGGCUCUUUCAGAUCCUGCUCCAGUUGCACAGAUCGUGGAUCCAUCGAUCCUCCGCAAAAAUUCCUCCGCCUAUCCCAACCAGUUCCUAAAAUAACGGCCAUCUAGAUCGUAAUUUGUUCGAUCGAUCAAAGUUUUCCCCGCGCGGUGGAAUUGUUCGUGUAUAUUUAAUAAAUUUCGUACGAUUAUUUCGAUUCGGUCGGUGCGACUGUUCGUUCGCCGGAGGUGUAGGAAAAGAAAGGAGAGAAAGAUGAUGGGUCAUGAUUUUGAAAGGAGCGAUAGCGAAUACGUAGCGUACAUGCGUGCGAGUGGCGCCCCUGGCGGCGAACGCGGGAAACAGCGGCGCAGCGGUGACGGCCAUGUUUAACAAUCUCCCUUGUGUGUUUAGUAUGCUGCGGUCGGUGUAUCGGCGCGCCGGGACGAGACGGACGGGACGAGACGAGCUCAGGCAGCGACGUGGUGGUGGAGGAAGAGGCGGUGGAAGUCGGUGUGCUGCGCGCUCGUGACGGAGACCUCGUGCGUACCAGUCGCGUCGUCGAGCGGAGCCGAGUCGAAUCGUGUUACGGACGAAAUCGGUGGCCUGUUCCUCGCAACAGUUUGCCUGCCCCCCCCUACGGGUGACGACGACAAGUCACAUCGGUAUAUCUGUGCGCGCGAAGCGACGUGCGGGAAGCAACGAGCACCAGUGGAAGAAGAAUCUGAAACAGCCUGUGCGUGUCUCAGUCGAAAGUGUAACACCGCGACGAGCAACUGAACUCGAUAUACACAUACUCUUGCCGUUUUCCGCUGCGCCGAGCUGCAACUUUUCUUUCUUUCUUUCUUUCGUGUGUCGUCGGACACAGUCACCGGCGACACAGUGCGUGGUCGAAGAAGUUUUCAAACGGUGCAAUCGAAGGCAACUUGGUGCGCUCUAGUACACAUAUACUCCCCUACUCUCAUUUUUCUCUUCGUGCGCGUCGUUCUGCUCUCUUUCUCUCGCUUUGGCGGAUAGCUGUCCCUAUCCCAUCAGUUUGCGUCUCGCUCGUACCAUCUCGCUGGCUCGUCCGGGCAGCGAUUUCAAGAAUGUGACAGUGCGCGUCCUCGCGGUCGCCUCGCGCGAAUAAGCCCGCAGGCCGGCGACGGCGAUGGGUGACGAGCGACAAGUGUGUUACGGUGAGAACGGUGCGUGAACAACGGCCAGCGUGUAGGAAGGGGGAGGGGAGGAGAAAGACGGACGAUGCCAGCGGAAAAUGUCACUCGGUGAUACGCGUAUACGGAUGACGGGGAGUGAUCGACGCGACAAUCUCGGAUUUGAGGUUAAAGUGUCGUCGUCGUCGUCGUCGUCGUUGUUGUUGCUGUUGCUGCUGCUGUUGUUGUUCCUGUUCUUGUUGUUGUUGUUGUUGUUGUGUGGUGCCGGCUUGCCGGCAUUGGCGACGGCACGAGCAGAGGAGCGUCAAGAGCGAAAACGACGGCACUGCUAUCGUAUCACGUUGGGCUUCUUCAACGUCCGUGAACCCAGGAACAUUAAUCAACAACCGUCCUGGUCGGAACGCCAGGUUGCCAGAGUCGUCUCGUAAGAGAAACGUAAACGAUCAGAGGAGAAAAGAUUCGCUGGCCCGAUAGAAAACUUGUUUUUUUUUUCUUCGUGUCGGGCGAACCGCGCUACCGGAUUGUAUCACAUAUACGUGGGCACGCGUGUGUUGUGGCGUGUGUGCGUGUGCGUGUGUGUGUAUCGGGUCGCGAGGUUAAGACAGAGCUGUCGAUACACAACUUGUCUCGAGGAAAGUCAAGAACCGGUGGCGUGUUCUGCGCGCGCGAGAGACCGAUUCCGCCACAUCCAACGACUGGAUAAGAAGUGUAUCGUGAUACUAAUAGUGCGCGUCCGUAACCCCGCCGGCGACCGUUGCACCGUGACUCUGUGUCGAGAAGCAUUUGUCGCGACGUUCGCGAAAAUUCUUGUGUGCCUUUCCUCUCUCGCGAGAGAAACGAAUUUCACGAUUCGAGAGAGACACGCGCGUAGGUUCUUUCCGGCGUCUGAGGAAAAAUCAAACGCGAGAGAGAAAUCGUUCGAACUUACUUACCGGUGGAGAGCGUACCGCGAGAAAUGAAGUGGCGCUUCAGCUGAUCGAGAUCGCCGGGACGAAUUGGCGUGUGCUCGCUCUACGUGUAAACGAAUCGCUGGGGCGCGCGCCGAUCAGCCGGCCAGUUUGUGUGUGUGCGUACGUGCGUGUGUGUGGUCUGUGCGCACACGUAGGUAAACGAGAGUUCAAGGUCGGCGGACGAUAUUCUCGACCCAACCUUUCGGUUUCGUGCGUUUGAAAAAGUUACCCAGGACAAGGGGUAGAGGGACUAAGAGGACGAACCCUGCCUUUUUUCAACUCUAGGUCCGUCUCGUUUCCCUUUCCGUGAGCGAGUGGGAACGAGGACACUACAACAGAGUGAAAAGAACUGCGAGGGGGGAGCGUUUCUUGCCACACGCGUGGUGCCCGUCGUCACACUAUUUCGGGACCGUGAUCCAAAGUGCACGAAAUCCGCAGGGAGCAUAAAUAAAUAUAUACGCGCGUGUGCUGCUGGCCCCGUCAGAGGAGAGUCUCUCGCUCGGGACCGUCGCGUCGUUCGUCGGUGUGUGUGCGUCGACGGAAGAAGGCGGCGGUGUUUGUUUUUUUGUCUCUCUCUCUUUCUCUGUCUCUGUCUCUCUCUCUUUCUCGUUCUUGACAGAGUGUACGACCGCAGUCUCUACACAGUGUGUAUACAUACCCUUCUCUCGUGCUCCGGUUUCUUUUUUCUUCUUUUCUUCUUGUUUUGUUUCGUCGCAGCAGUCGUCACGUUGGCGAAAGAGAAGAGCGGCGACGCGGGCAAGCUCCUCGGCAAAGAAGACGACGAGAGAGAAAACGAGGCGCAUAGGAGGAGGCUGCUGGUAGUGGAAACUGUGGAGGAAGAGGAACGAGAGGAGGGGGCGGUGGAGGUGGUGGAGGUGGCGGCGGUGGAGGCGGAGGAGAAAAGUGGCGUGUCCAGUACGCGGUGGUGUGACGGUGUCGCGUCCGGCACCGAUUCCAAAUAUCCCUCAUUUUCCGCGCGGCUACGUUGAAAAGUACUGGCCCCCAAAUGCGCGUACCGCAAAUCCUGUUUCAUGUUCAUGUUCUGGAGCAAACGGACGGCGCUCACUAGACGUCUCCUAAAGGCCAAGGUCCGUGGAGAGCAUGAAACCGAGUGUGAAGCUCAAGAGGAUUCGUCACGUAUUCAUCGCGCAAACAACACGAGCGGCACCGAGAACGACACGACCGGCAACGUGACGGCAACGACGGGCCGGACAACCAGAGGAGCGCGUGGAGCGUCGUCAGGAGGAGAAGGAGGAGGAGGUGGUGGAGGAGGAGGAGGAGGAGGAGGAGGAGGCGGGGGUGGUAGCAAAGGGGGCCGCGUCUCGUCGAGUAGGCUGCAUCAAAGUUGCUGCGGCGGUGAUCAGAGCCCGGACGAUGACGACGAUUCCGUUCGUACGUUGAGGUGCAAGGAGCUCCUUAAAUCGCUCAAGGAGAAUCAAUUGGAGAUGUUACUCACCGCAGUGGAGAGUUCUGGUGCCGAUCUCGGCUCGUGCGUCCUCGUGCCGCGUCAGCACGCCGAGGAGGACGGCUACGAGGCCGAGCAGCCGCAACAACAACAACAACAACAGCAGCAACAACAAUGCUAUCGUUAUCACCGUUACCACCAUCACCACCACUACUACCAUCACCCUACGCAUCAUCACCACUAUUAUCACCGGUAUCACCGAAGCAAGCAUCAUCGUUCCUCGUCGUCGGAGAACGUUGGCGGUGACGAUCAGAACUCUGGAUCGGACGACUCGCGCGCGUCGUCGAUAAGGCCGGAUCGACGAAGAGUGCCAACACGCGGCUCCCUCGACAACGCGCCGGUCGACCCUCACCUGCUCUGCUGUCAGAUCUGGCGGUGGCCGGAUCUUAAUCAGUCGUCGGAGCUCAAGAGACUUCCUGUCUGUCAUUCCGCUAAAGACCCUGUAUACAUAUGCUGCAACCCUUACCACUGGAGCCGGCUUUGCAAACCCGAGUCGCCGCCACCCCCCUACUGCCUUGUUGCCGACAGACUGAGGCCCGAGGGUAAGUGCCUUCAUCUAUUACAUUUUUAAUACCAGUACACUUGCU